AUGGACAAGCAAAUCCUAUCAUAUCCAGUGCUCCUGCUGAGCUUCCUCCUUUUUAUCUUAAUGGUGUUAAGGAUAUGGAAGAAAAGCAAGGGCAGCUUCAACUCACCUCCGGGACCAUGGAAGUUACCUCUCAUAGGCAACAUGCACCAACUCAUUACUCCUCUGCCCCAUCACCGCCUGAGAGAAUUGGCCAAAACUCAUGGGCCAGUUAUGAGUAUUCAACUUGGCCAAGUUUCGGCCGUCGUCAUUUCCUCAGUAGAAGCAGCUAAGCAAGUGCUCAAAACCCAAGGUGAAUUGUUCGCUGAAAGACCCAGCAUCCUGGCAUCAAAAAUAGUGCUUUAUAAUGGUAUGGACAUAAUAUUUGGGUCAUACGGUGACCACUGGAGACAAAUGAGGAAAAUUUGCACCUUCGAGCUGCUCAGUCCAAAACGCGUCCAGUCCUUCAGUUCGGUCAGGCAAGAAGAACUUUCCAAUUAUGUCAGGUUCCUCCAUUCCAAUGCCGGAAGCCCAGUCAAUCUGUCCAAGACCUUGUUUGCUUUAACAAAUUCUGUUAUCGCAAAAAUCGCAGUAGGUAAGGAAUGCAAAAACCAGGAAGCCCUCUUAAAUCUUAUCGAAGAAGUCCUUGUGGCAGCAGGAGGUUUCACUGUUGCUGAUUCAUUUCCAUCCUAUAAUUUCCUUCACGUCAUCACUGGUAUGAAGUCUAACCUGGAGAGAUUGCACCGGAUAACAGAUAAGAUCCUUGAAGACAUCAUAACUGAACAUAAAGCCCCCAGGGCACUCUUCAAGCGUGGUGGCGAUGAGGAUAAAAAAGAAGCCGAAAAUCUUUUAGAUGUUCUUUUGGGUCUUCAGGAACAUGGAAACCUUAAAGUCCCUUUAACCAAUGAGAGUGUCAAGUCAGCCAUUCUGGAAAUGCUUUCCGGCGGGAGCGACACAUCUGCAAAAACAAUAGAAUGGGCAAUGUCAGAGUUGAUGAGGAGUCCAGAAGCAAUGGAAAAGGCACAAGAAGAAGUGAGAAGAGUGUUUGGUGAAUUGGGAAAGAUCGAGGAAUCACGCCUCCAUGAAUUAAAGUACUUGAAAUUAGUUAUCAAAGAGACGUUGAGAUUACAUCCCGCACUAGCCUUGAUUCCAAGAGAAUGCAUGAAAAGAACUAAGAUUGAUGGAUAUGAUAUUUCUCCCAAAACUAAAGCCUUGGUCAAUGUAUGGGCAAUCGGAAGAGAUCCCAGCGUUUGGAAUGAACCUGAAAAGUUUUUCCCGGAAAGGUUUGUCGACAGUUCGAUUGAUUUCAGAGGUAAUAAUUUUGAACUACUUCCAUUUGGUUCAGGAAAGAGGAUAUGUCCUGGUAUGACAUUGGGUUUAGCCACUGUAGAGCUUUUCCUCUCCUACCUGCUGUAUUAUUUUGAUUGGAAGCUUGUCGGUGGAGUGCCUCUUGACAUGACCGAAGCUUUUGCUGCUUCACUUAAAAGAAAAAUAGACCUCGUUUUAAUUCCCAUUUCAGUCGGCCCUUCACCAACAACGGACUGA